AUGGUCAUUCAGGACCCAUCAGUGACCACUCCUUCAGACAGAUUUGUUUUCAUUGGACCCAUCCUGAGAAACUCGGUUGCUGUGGAACUGUUAUUCGACAUUAUACAGGGAGUGCAAGAUUCCCAUCAGGAGAAGAUCAUAACAGUGACUGGGGAGGGAAUGGUUCAGAGCCCAGACUUCCCACACACUUAUCCCAGGAGUAUCGUGUUGGUCUGGAGACUGGUGGCCGCUAGUAACAUGAGGAUCCAGUUCACCUUUGAUGAGAAGUUUGGUUUGGAGGACCCUGAAGAUGGCAUAUGCAAGUACGACUUUGUGGAGAUAGAGGAUCCAACUGAGAAGACCAUCCUGGGUCGCUGGUGUGGGUCACAGACGGUACCAGCCAGUCACACUUCCAAAGGCAAUCAGAUCAGGAUCCGCUUCAUCUCUGAUGAGUACUUCCCCUCUGAGCCGGGAUUCUGCAUCCACUACUCCCUCCUGCCUGUGAGUGUAUCCGAGCCAGAAGUCCCUGUGGUUCUUCCUCCAUCCCAGCAGGGUAUUGAGGAGUUGUCAGAGGCUGUGGCAGGACUGACCACUGUGGAGGAGGUCAUGAAGUACCUGGAACCAGAGCGAUGGCAGGUGGAUAUGGAAGAGUUGUACAAACCUACAUGGCAUGUGCUGGGGAAAUCCUUCAUCCAUAAUAAGAAAGCCAAAGGAGGGGCCGAUCUCAAUCUGUUGAGGGAAGAAGUUCGAUUGUACAGUUGCACUCCACGCAACUUUUCUGUGUCCUUGCGUGAGGAGCUCAAGAGAACAGAUGCCAUUUUCUGGCCGAGCUGCCUCCUAGUGAAACGCUGUGGUGGGAACUGUACCUGCUGCUCUCACCGCUGCUAUGACUGCCAGUGUGUUCCCGUCAGGGUCACAAAGAAGUACCAUGAGGUUCUACUGUUGAAACACCGAAGCGGUGGCAGAGGCCUGCAGAAGUCCAUGACUGAUGUGCCCUUGGAGCACCAUGAGGAGUGUGCCUGUGUGUGCAAAGAUGACUGGGACUGACCUCUGACAUGUUUAAUAGCUGCCACUGGAAUUACGCAGGAUGUUAGAAAUGAACCUCUGUCGCUGUUGCAAUGUUCUGUAUCUCAUCCACUUCCACUGGAAGCUAACAAGAUUCUCCCUUUAUCCUGUUGUCCUUUCGCUAAUUGGAUUGAGUGGAACCGACUGAAAUCUAAUAAAUCUCUUGAAUGGAUUUGACUGCUGUGGAAUACCAAUAGUGUGCUCGGAGUGCAUUUUACAGAGACAAAAAGACACUGGAGCGCUUCUGGACUAUUACUUAUGUGCUCUGAAGACUAUCUUCUUCUGCUCCUCAGAGAUAAGAACAUUGAGGCAUUUUUUCCUCUUCUUCUUGAGGUCUUUUUUAAAGUUCAACCAGAGUGGGCUGAUACUGUCAUGGAAAAUGGGAGCUUCUUUGUUCAAGUACCGUUUAUGUCUAUACAUGAACUGGCUCCAGCUGCCUUACUCCCCCCUACACCUCUAUUAUUACCUUCAAGGCAAAGAAAGGUGCUUUUUCAUGAGCAGUUUUCCUUUCCUCUUCUCUUGUUUUACCACAGAUUUAAUCUGUGGUAAAACACAGCAUCGCUGGAAUGCCUUGCUAAUAAGACUGUAUUAUGUGUACAUAUGUCUUUUCCAUUUCUUUUCUGUACUAUCAUGCUUUUUCUACCAAAGAUUCUCAAGGUAAGGAUAAAUGUUGAAUCAGUUCUUCAUUUGACCCAUCUCAGCAAUGUCAAAUCUGCUUGCUUAAGGAAUGCCUAGCGUCAAGCAAUUCAUGCUACAUUUGAGAUUGUUCAUAUUAAAUAUUUAUUUGUUUAAUGAAAGGGAAAUUUAGGUCCAAAAUGUCUUGUUUGCUACAUGUGUCACUGUACAUUAACAUUAGCCGCCAGUUUUUAUUGUUAGUAAUUUUGCAUUUUGAUUGUGUCAUGGAUGUUUUUCAUUUUCUGUAUGCCAAAGUUAUUUAUCUC